GAGGGUUUUGUGGUCUUCUACUUCUGCUGCCAUGUCUGGACGGGGAAAAGGCGGAAAGGGACUUGGAAAAGGGGGUGCUAAGCGGCAUCGGAAAGUACUGCGGGAUAACAUCCAGGGCAUCACCAAGCCCGCUAUCCGCCGUUUAGCCCGUCGUGGAGGAGUCAAGCGUAUUUCGGGGCUGAUCUACGAGGAGACCCGCGGGGUGCUCAAGGUUUUCCUGGAGAACGUGAUCCGCGACGCCGUCACCUACACGGAGCACGCCAAGAGGAAGACCGUCACCGCCAUGGACGUGGUCUAUGCGCUCAAGAGACAAGGACGCACGCUUUACGGCUUUGGAGGCUAAACUUUCCUUCCUAUUCAACAAUUCCAAAGGCCC